GAUUUGCUUGCUCUGCAGGAAUGAGAAUUCAAAAAGAGGCACAAGCUGAAACGAGGCAAACAGUCCUAGCAAAAACAGGAAGCUUCAAUGGUUGAUGCUGUAGAGUCUUUGAGAUGAACUGAUAUGACAUCAAUAACUACAACAGCCUUGGUGUUGAAGAAAUCAAGCAAUGAAGGGAAGGUGUCUGAAAAAUAUGAACUUGUGAAUGAUUUCCAAUGCCCUGCUCUAGAAGAAGACAAUAUAGCCAUUCAAGUUUAUGCUUGUUGUCUUUGCAGAAAUGAUAACCAAUUAUUGAAUCAACAAAAAGAUCCAAGUGUUGGAGUGUUUCCUGUUGGAAGUGACAUAUCUGGCAAAAUUAUUGAGGUUGGCAAAUCAGUCUCAAGGUUUAAAGUUGGUGAUGAAGUUGUAGGAAUUGUUCCCCCUGAUGUUAAUUCAUCUGGAUGUGCCAAAGUCUGUGUGCUUUCCCAGUUUGAUGUUGUGUCAAAGCCAGUAAGCGUUACUGACGAAGAUGCGGUAUCUGUUUUGAAGGAUGCAGUUAAAGCUUACACAGCAUUGCACUACUUGGCAAAAAUUUCAUUUGGCGACACGAUACUGCUUUGUAAUGGUGCAUCAGGUUUUGGCUUGUCUGUUGUUCAUCUUGCACGAAAUAUUGGUGCAAAGGUGAUAGUAACAGAAAAGAACGACGAGGGCUUGAACUUCUUGAGAAGGCACCUGAAAGGAAAUGAAUCUGGUACUGUCAUCGUUGAUAUGAGAUCAAAGAAACUGACGUUUGUGGACAUUUGCAUGGAAGAAACUGGAGGCCUGGGAAUUGAUUGCGUCAUUGAUGAUGGAGUCGAAAUGUACGGAAACAGCCUAGAAGAAUCACACGAUGACCUCAUCAGCUUCGAAGAUAACCUUCCACUGAAGCCACAUAAACAUGACAUAAUAUCAUCACUAGCUGUUGGAGGUCGUUGGGUGACCAUGCAAUGUGAUCUUCAGCUUGAUCCACCUGACUCAAACCUUCUCUUUCUGAAGUGCGCUUCAUUGCACUUUCUGUUUGAAGAUUCCUGGACACUGUCAAAAAGUGCCCAAGGAAAAUAUUUACAUAUUCUUGAAGACAUAAUGGAAAAUUUACGGAAAGGGAUUCUGAGGCCUCCAGAUUAUGAAGUUGUGAAACUAGAACAAUGUAUCAAUGCACUAACAGAUGCAGAUGAAAAGAAACUUCAGAAAACAAUUGUAAAAGUAAGUUGAUUAGAGGUAUUAAAAUCAAAAUACCAACAACAUUGUAGUACCUUUUUUUCGUUUUCCUAAUUAAAAAGACGAUUAUGAAAUCUUUUAAAUUCUUGACCUAACAAAACAUCAAAAAACUAAAUUACAAUGAAGUCUUUAUACCUACUUCUUUCUUGUAGAUUUUUUAUUGCUUUCUUCAUAGAAGCUAAAGUUUAGAGUAUUUUCAGAAACUUCAGUUUUGGCCUGUUGCCAAAAUGUAGAGACUACAAAAGGGAAAUAGGGUGGGCUAAAAUUUAUGUGAC